AUGAACAACCAGGGUGUGACUUAUACGUUUUGGGACAGGAGUGGCAACAAGUACACAAUUUUCCAAAGGUUGUUGGAAUGGUGUGACAACCCUGAACUUGGGGUCAUGGGGGACAUUGUAGCUUCAACCAGUUUUGGCACAAACUCCUCACUUCUUGUUGUGCAGCAAUACACCAUGGAAAGAAAGCCUAAAUCUCAUUGUCGCAGCAGAAAAUACUCCAAAUACUCCAAAACAGAGUAG